AUGGCAUCGUACCCAGAACCCUCAGAAUCUACCGAACCAGUUCAGGUUCCUCAAUCACCCACCCCGCCGCAUCACCACCAACAACUUCAAGACUACGAUGGACUUCCCUCGCCUAUAGCCGCCUCAACCGUCGCCCAUCAUGGACUUCAAGUCUUACAAGCUGCAUCCGCAGCUUCUGCAGCUUCUGCAGCUCCCGAUCCCGCCGAGUUAGCCCAGCGGUAUGCGCAAUCCGCUACUUUACAGAUGGAUGGCGGAUCUUUCUCUCCCCCUCUUGUGCAACCGCAGCCUCAACCGCAGUCGCAGUUGCUGCCACCGCCGCCGCCAGCUGCGUCGCCUAUGCCUGUAACAGCAGCUACGCAAAAGGUUACUCGUCUUAGACGGGCCUGUGAUAUGUGCAGUCAGCGAAAGGUUAAGUGCGAUGAAAGUGGUCCGCCCUGCAAACCAUGCUCCGAUCUUCAGGUUGAAUGCACUUUCAAUAGAGAGAUGAAGCGACGUGGGCCACCCAAUAAGCAUGCCGAAGCGGCGAGGGCUGCGAAGCGAGCCCGUAGUAGCGAUAUCUCCCCAGCCCCUCAUCACGCCGCCGAAACCCUGGUUUCUAUCGCGACUCACAAUGUUCCAAUCGGCCUGGAUGCUGAGGCCAUUGCGCCGUGGCCUAUUCUAGAGCUUCUCGUCGACGACUUCUUUACCUACAUACAUCCUCUAAUACCUUUCCCGCAUCAACCCUCUUUUCGUGCCGCGUUUGCCAGUCGCAUGGACAGAACUAGUGGGGACUUCUUAGCAUUACUAGCUAGCAUGAUCGGUGUAUUAGUUGCAUCUUUCCCCAGAAGUGCAAGGUCGCAUCUCAAGUCCCAACACAGCACUAAUCUAUUCCCUUCGGCCAUUGCCAUGAUCGACCAUUGCCGGUCUAUUGCCCUCGAUGCCCGGGGUGCUCGCUUCACGUUAAAAGAAGAGAUGACCCCUGACGACGCUGCCACCAGCUAUUUCCUGGGUUAUGCUUGCGCGCAUACACUGCAGUGGAGGAUGUGUAAACGCUUCCUAGCCGAGACCAUGACAUUCUGCAGAGAGCUUACUACCCGCCGGCCAAGUGGUCUAUCUUCUCUAGAAGCCAGUAUGCCGGGUCUUGCAUUGGCGCCUAACACUUCGUCCGGUAAGCCUGUCGAUCACAUCAGGGAUCAAAUUGGUAAACGCAUCUUCUGGGUCAUGGUUGCUGGCGUUAGAUCCAUAACCCAAUUAGGAGUAUCCAUCAAUGAGAUACCAUUACCACCACCCACCUCACAAGAGCCUUACCCUGAGCAGCCCGUGGAAGUUGACGAUGAAUAUAUAUUUCCAGACCAGAUCCUCCCCCAGCCGGAGGGCACCAUCUCCUUAAUCACGGGAUUCAAUCGCAACAGUCGUGUAUACAUGACCAUGAAUGAACUAGUCGGCGUCGAUAUGUGCUAUGGGAUCAACUUCUUCGACUGGACUGCGCAAAAGAAUAUCCUUAGCAACGGGCUCGCGAGCGCGAAGCAGGCUGCCGAUGAUUUUCCCCCCGAGCUUCAGGUAAAGACAGAUAACCUCCAAAAACUUCAAAACCACACCAUGGGGCUCGACGAUUGGGACUUGGAAUACUAUCCACCUGCUAUUUCCGCCACGCAGCCUGCAAAUGACUUGCGUCGCAUACUCGCAGAGCAACCUAUGCGCCGACGGCACCUUCAAUGUGAGAUUCAGAAGGCAAAUAUACAAAUGUCACAGUUGGCCACGCGUUCGUACUUUGUGGAACGAUAUCUCAGCCUCCGUAAAGCACGCCGCGCGGAUCCUAAUUUCGCGGAGAGGGCGAAGACGGAGGAAAAGGACGACCGGGACGAGAUGAUGCAGAACGAGCGAGAACUAAUCGUUCAGAAUCUUAUUACUGUAUUAACGUCGAUCAGCCAACGUAACAUGGAGCCGAAUGGAUGCUCAAUUAUCAACAAGAUUCGUCAGGUCGCUAGCACGCUGCUAGAUAUUGAUGAAGAAGGCAAGGGGCUUGCCGUGGCUAAGGCGCAGGAGUAUCUCAACGGCUUCCUAGCCAUACUCAUGAAACUGGAGAAGAUGGGAGCUACGCCUCGUGCCGAGACAAUGACUCCGCAAGAUGAAGAAGAAGAAUUGCGGAACUGGUCUAGUCUGAAGGAAUAUCAGCAUCGUUUUACGUCGAGUGGAGGAUUUCUUGGGAAUGGCUACUAG